AUGUACUUCUCUCUAUAUAUUAGCCUCUUACAAGCCGUCGUUCUAUUUGCCCUAAUCGCCUGCGUCGCCUCCAAACCAGGUCUCCUUGCUGCCGCUCCAUUGGCCUAUGCCGCUCCCGAGGGUGUUAUUGCCGCCGCUGCUCCAGUGGUGACUGCCACCAGUAGCCAAGUGAUCGCUCGCAACUACAAUGGCAUCGCCGCUGCUUCAAUUGUCACCGCCGCCCCUCUAGUAGCGCGUUAUGCUGCCGCUCCAGUUGUAACCCGUUACGUGGCUGCUGCUCCUCUCGCCGCUCCAUUUGCUGCUCACUAUGCCGCUGCUCCACUCCUGUGGUAA